UUUAUCUGUCAACAAAAAUGGAUGUUACUUUUAGCUACGUUUUUGAGAAUUAUUAUUUCGAGGAGAACAUUAAAAUCCCCAUCAAUGGAAAUGUUUCAGAACUGGCUUAUAUACUUUUAAACAAAUACGAAUUACCAGAUUACGCCUCAAAAGAUUUAAUCGCGGUGUUAACCCAAUUCAUUGACGAAAACACGGAAGAAGAAUACAACAAAUCCACGAAUGAGUUAUUAAAAAAAUGCAAAGAAAAUAAAUUUGAUGUGGAAGAACUCGCUAAAGAAUGGGAAAAGCAAAUGAGAGAGGAAAUGGCUGAUCAUGGUGAAAGAAAAUGCGCUUCAGAUGAAGAAUUAUUCGCAACCGCCUACCACAAAAUGGUACAUUCCCCAGCAUUAGAAACAAUGCUCAAAUGGGAACACGUUUAUGCCCAAACUGUCAGAGAAAAAUGUUACGAAAGAGAUCGAUUAAUAAGAAUGUUAUCUGAUGAACAAGGUGAUGAAAUGUCAGCAGCAGAAAAGCGUUUAGAAAAAGGUGUAACAGAAUCCGAUAUUAAUGCAUUAAUUGGGAAACACUUCGAUGACCAAACUUUGCUUCAAGCUAAAUUACACAGUGAAAUAGACACCUUAAAAGAAGCUCAACGCAGGGAAUACAGAGAAUGGUUGAUGCAAAUGUUGGAACAAAGUCAAGCAAAUAAAUCUUUACCCACACCAAAAACGUCCCCUUUAGCACCAAUCCCACCUUCCUUAAUAUUAGCCACUUCAACAAUCUCUCGACAAAGCACAAUUGAGAAUCAAAUCUUAGAAGAAAGUUUUACAAUUCAUUUAGGUUCUCAACUUAAGCAAAUGCAUAAUAUUCGUAUUUUAAGAGCAAAUGUUAUGAGUUUAUGUGAUGUUGAUGAUGAUUCAUCACCAACCCCUCAAUGCCUUCAAACAGCACUAGGAUUAUAUUCCAACGAUUUAAGCGGUUUAGUUUUAAUAACCGACGACGUUUUACCAUCGAGGGUCACCGAGCAAUUUCGAAAAAUCUGUCAAAAAACAACCGAAUUUCAUUUUCAACACGUUGAUGACCAACUUGAAAUAAUAAACAAUUUACAAAAACAAAAAUCGUUAAAUUCGGCUUCAUCGAAUCGUAAAUCAAGUAGAAAUCUUCAAUCGGGCGAUUUUUAUAUCACAAGACAUUCGAAUUUAUCACAAGUUCAUGUUAUUUUUCAUAUCGUUGCUGAUGAUAGUAUUAGAGGGAACGAUAUAAACAGUAGACAUCCCGUCGUUUUGGGAUUAAGAAAUAUUGUAAAAACGGCUUGUUCAAACGAUAUAACAUCAUUAACGAUCCCUUUAUUAUUAAGCUACGAAAUGAGCGAAGAUAUGACGAUUUCGUGGUGCGAAAAACGAGCUGAAUUAAUUUUCAAAUGCGUUAAAGGGUUUAUGAUUGAAAUGGCGUCUUGGGGAGGAUCCGAUUUAAAAAAUUUACAGUUUAUGUUACCCGAAGGAAUAUCAAGCGAAGUUUUUCAAUCGCUCACCGAUAUGUUACCGAGGAUCUUCAAAGUUUCAAAUCCGCUAAUUUUAGAAUGUUCCAAAGAAAAAAUAUGAUAUUUAUAAUUACGAAUUAUUUUUAAUUUAGAAUUAAAAAUUUACAGUAUUGAUUAAAAUUUAUUUCAAUAUUGUAAUAAGCUUUAUCGUUUCGUUUAUAGAUGGCGCUAUAAGACUACUCCUAAAGAAAUACUCCUAUAUUAAUAAAUAAGGAAGAGAUAAUUAAAUAUGAACCUCUAUCCAAUUAAAGCGUAGUAUAGUUCAGUUAUGAUUUAAUAAUGCAAAUCAUUCAGUACCAGCAUUAAUCUAAUAUCGAUCUCCUGAUUAUUAAUGCACAAUAUAAAUGCAAAUAAGUGAUUUAUGGUAGAUCCAUUAAUUCGAUUAAUACCUAUGUAUUCCGGAAUCAAUUCUUGAUAUUUCCUCUCUAAAUCGGCCUUCUCAUUUCUGAGGAAUCGUGAAUUUAUGGUGAAUGUGCAACAUCCAUAAAACAAUAUCCAGAGCUUUCAUAAGUCGCACCUUCGUGUUCCUUGUUAUUUUUCUGUGCACAUUUUCGUCGGUAUCGCGAGUGCUAUACGUCGCCUUAUUUUUGGCUCACAAGCUUGGAUUUGUGAGGUGCUGUAUUUGUUUCAACGAGAUUUAUUUUCAUCUUCACAGCGCGGCUUUCAUUAGUAAUUAGUUGGAUCAUUUCUGCCAACUCGCAUUACAUAUAAUAAGUAAGAAAAAAGAUCGGUGCUAAAUUAAAUGAGGAUGUUAUUGUGAUAAUUUACUAAAAACUAAUGCAAAAACUAUAACCUCUAUUGAUUGUGUCUCUUCCGUGACUCUUCGAUGUCAAAUAGAAGUUUGAAAAAAGGCGAGAGAGUUUAUUUUGAUAAAAGAGAUUGGAGCGACUGUUGUUAUUCUUGAUGAUAAUCUAGUAUCAAUUGCGCCUGUGUGUUGAAUACAUAGAUGUUAUUUACGAGAUUAUUUUCGAUCAAUUAAAGCUGAUGAUACAAUUAUGCAAUUAAGCUUGGUUCUUGAAUUACAGGAAAAUGUUAUUUUAUAUAAACUAUCCUCAGGGCUUCAUCCUUGGAUAAAGGUUCUAGAACAUUGCUUGACGGUGUUCUUGACCAGAAAGUGUCUAACGAAACGCAUCAGGAUUUUGUGAAUAUACUUCUAUUGGAUUUGGAGAUGAUGGCAAGAUAUUAAUUGUUAUAAGGCUCCAGCGAUGUGAUCAGAAGUUUCUGAAAAUUGGGUUUGCGGCAUUGAGGAGCAGACAAAGGAGUGUUGAGGAGACAAGCUAGAUCGUUCUGAUUUGUGGUUUGUGGGUGUUGGCACAAUGUGAUUUCAGACCCAACCCAACCUUUUUUUUAUUUUAACGAGGUUGGGGAAAAAUCUGCAGACAGACACUCGACCUAUGGUCGGCCGGAUAAUGUGGGAACGAGGUCUAGCCCUACUAAAAACCCAUUUCCUCGUCUUCUAUUUCUCUGAAACCGCUUGCGCAUAAUUUCGGAGACUCCGGCCCAUGAGUGAUAAUUCCCAUUAGCUGUUCUUUUUCUCCUCGUUCACUAUUUCACAUAAGUGGAAACAAAAAUAUUCCUUUUAACUUUUUAACUAUCAUUUUAUCCUACAUACCCAGCUCUUAGAGGCAAUAAGACCUCUCACAUUCUUCCAUAAUUCUAUGUCUCUUGAGUUGCCCGGGCUGGGGUUACUUCCUCUUCUAGGUAGUUCCCUCUUCGCUCUCUUUCUCUCUUCUCUUCUCCUCUAUUUCCUUCUCGAUCAUCACCAUUCGCAAGAAACUUAUUACCUCCUCUCUUUCUCCCUCAUCUCCGGUCAGUAGUUCAACUACGGUGUCAAUUCGUAUUUUUCUUCCAAUCUUUGCUUCCGUAUCUUAACCCAACCCUCUUUUUGCAUGUAGUAACUGAUAACACAAAGUGUUUUGCGGAUAGACAAAGAGAGAGGGUUAUAUGUGCCUUUCUUAAUAAUAAUAAAUUGUAGGUCUCUGCCUAGCAGUUGUAAUGGCAUAGAUAAUAUUAGUAAUAAAAUGUGUCAAUGUGGGUUUUAAUAUCAAUCAAAUAAUUAAUCAUUCGAAAUAACAAGAAUUUAUUUAAAUUGCCUGAAUUAAAUGUACAUUUACGAUGCAUACAGAAAAAUAAAUAUUCAAUAUUUUUAAGGUUUGGCUUUGCAUGUCGUAUAAUUUAAUUGACCGGUCUAGACGGUAUUUUGUUAUAGGCAGCCACACCUGUAUUACAGCGAGCUUUUCCCCUCAGUUAUAUUUUUCCCGAACAGACGUUCGAAAUCGGUUUUUCUCGUUUUUCUUUUCGACGAAAGUCCGUUGAGAGCGUUUUAAGAUACCUUAUAAUAAGAAUAAAUGGCACCGAAAUAGUUUUAUCUCGAUUGAAAAUAGGUGUACCUUCAAAUAUAGUUAUUUUACGAGGCGUAAAAAACCCUCCCCUCUAAAUUAAGACCGAACGUCCAGAUGACAGAAAAUGGGGAGCUUAAAUCAAGACAAAUGUUAAUAAUAGAAUAUAUCUCGUAUUAAAAUAAAUAUUUUUUGCUUUGGUAAUCGGAUAUUAUUUUUUUAUAACGAAAACAAUUUUUUGACCCAUUUGUUUUAUCAAAGGUUUGGAGAAUUUGAUGAUAGGAAUUUUACGGGAACAAAAUUUUUGUGGUGGGCUUUUACCCAACAUUGCCAAUAUAGUAAUGUUAGUGUAACAGAAUCCUUAAUCCACCGCUGCAACGAUCCGAAUACGAAUUAAUAAUCUGGUUAAUUAAUAAUUUAAACGGUUACAGUCUAGCCGAUUCGUGAUUAAAUUAAAAUUCUGUGAAGCGUUUAUUAAUGUUGAAAUUGCGUAUUAUAGGUAAUAAAAUCGUUAACCAUAUGUAAAUAUUGAUAGUAAAUAGCUUUCUAGCAAGAAAUCGAUACUAAUAUGUUAAAACCCGUCCGAACGUUAAGCGAUUAUAAUUUUCAUGCUUUAAUAAUUGUCAUUUCAACUUCGAAAUGUUCAAAUUAAGUUAUAUUGUAAUAUAUUAUUAAUCGUCCUGUAUUUUAACAUAGAAUUGUAGUUAUUUAUAGGUUAUUCCUGUUCACAAUGGAAUAUGUAAUUAUUGGAAUUAACAUUAAAUUUACUAAAAUGUUUUCAAUUUGAACUUAUUAUUUUUGAGUUUGUAAUCUUUUAAUUCGCUGAUAAAUGAUUUUUCUUUCCAUAUUUAGUGAAAUAAAUGUUGUUAGUUUUU